AUGUAUUCCAUGGACAAUAUUGAGUUGGACAUGAUGAACCGACAGUACAUUUACGAGGCGCACAGUUUUUUGGGGAACCCAGCGAUCCCAGCUCUGCCAUCUCACUGCGGGGCACCUAUGACAGCUACUUUGCCUUCCAUCCCGUCGCAACUGGCAUCUCACCCUCCUGGUAGUACUGGAAGCUCCAGUGGUAGCGAGAUCUUUUUGUGUGACGAGAAUAGCAGUGACAAUGAGAGUACAUAUAGUAGUGACCAGGAGAAUCAUGCUAGAGAAAGAAGUCAGAGCAACAGACGCAACGGUGGAUCAGAGAAAAGUCCAAGGCAAGCAGUGCAACAGAGGCAAGCAGCGAACAUGAGGGAAAGGAGGCGUAUGCAAAACAUAAACGACGCGUUCGAGGGCCUUAGGGCCCACAUACCAACGCUCCCUUACGAGAAGAGGCUGUCUAAAGUGGACACUUUAAAACUAGCCAUCGGUUAUAUCAAGUUCCUGAAUGAAUUAGUCAGAGCAGACACUGGAAACGACACGUUGAAUGGAAAUGGAGGACUCUCGAGGUUGUCCGGCCGCCACGACGCAGAGAAGGUCAUAGUUCGUGGCAGUGAGGGGAAUCCCUUCAUUUUCCAUUCCCUCUCGUGGUCCAGGAAAUCAGACAUUUCCCCGAACGGAACAAUGUACGCGAAAGUGUGGACACCGGAGGAUCCGAGGACAUCGAAGAACAGCUCGACGUUCGAGUAGACUGUUCAGGGCUUAACUGUUGAGUCCGAG